CCGAACUAUUUCCUGUUGCUGCAGCGUUAAUGCUAAACAGACCUUGCUCUCUUCUUGCCUCGCUCCAGCCAAAGUGCAGCGGCUCUGCCGCCGCCGCCUUCCCGCCCCGAUGUCGAGCAUGUGUCGUCCCUGGAGCCGCUGAGAACUGCCAGGCACGGGAUGGAGGGUCGCCGGAGGGACAUGGAGCUGCUCAGCAACAGCAUGGCCGCGUACGCCCACAUCCGAGCCAACCCCGAGAGCUUCGGGCUCUAUUUCGUGCUGGGCGUCUGCUUCGGGCUGCUGCUCACCCUGUGCCUGCUGGUGCUGCGCCUGUCCUGCCGGCCCGCCCCGCGACCCCCGCCGCGCCCCGGCGACCUCAGCGAGGACGAUGACGACGAGGAGGACGAGGACGAAGAGGACACCGUGGACCGCGCAGCCGACGACGACUCGGACACCACGUCGGACCUGUCUGCCCGCAGGCACCGCCGGUUCGAGAGGACUUUGAACAUGAACGUGUUCACGUCGGCGGAGGAGCUGGAGCGGGCGCAGCGGCUGGAGGAGCGGGAGCGCAUCAUCCGCGAGAUCUGGCGCAACGGGCAGCCCGACAUCCUGGGAUCCGGCACCAUCGGCACCCUGGGCCGCGUCCACUACUACUGAGCCCGGCAGAGCCCUGGCACGGUGUCUGCUCGCCCACAGCUGGCCCCACACCGUGCCAGGAGGGACCAGCAGGGCAGGGGGGGCUGCUCGCUGCCCCUGAGCUGCCUUGAACUGUCCCUGCACCGCGGAGAGCCGCACCCCGGUGUCACUGGACUCGCUGUGGGACACGAUGCACUUUGAGCCAUUGGUACGACGGCUGGCAGCAGCCGAGCAGCCCCGGGACACGCGGGGAGAGGGACAAGGACAGCGCAGCCCCGUGGGGCAGGGCCGGGCUGUCCCUGGGCUCCUGCCCCACAAACACGGUGCUGUUGUACACGAACUAGAGCCCAGCGUGGCGGGUCCGGCGUUUUGGGGGCCCUGGACACAGACAGGGUCGGUCUCGGCCCCUCCCCGAGCCAAUUCCCUUCCCGGCCCCACUAAAAUUAGCCGGGUCUUUUCCGGCACCGCCCGCCGUGACCCAGCGCCCUCCGGCC